AUGUGUGUAAAGUGGUUUCUUACACUUUACUUCUGUUUGUCACCUGAUGGAGGCAGAAGCUGUUUAAAUUAAAAUAAAAAAAUCCAAGAUGUGCUUCAAGAUGUGUGGAAUUCAAAGGCUACCAGCACAGCUUUAAUGGGUGAUUUCUCAUUGAUUCAUAUUUAAUAAAAUCAUCCUGCAGGGAUCAGUGUGAGUCCUCUCCAGAUGUGAGUCUCCAGGUCAUAAGACAACCUGCCAUCCUGUGCGUGUGACAUAAAGUAAACCGUCUCCAGCAGCCAUGCAUAACACUGCAGAAGCCCACUCCCACACCCUCACCACCAACCGCAACUGCACCAUGGAGCUCACCAAUGUCAGCUCCGUCUUCUGUCUCGUCAACCCAAAGGUGCACAUGGAAAGCGGCUUCGUCUACAACCCUCCGCAGCCGACCCUGCGCACCACCAAGACCGAGGUGUGCUCCUUCACUAAGGAUGACAACACGGUGUCGGGCGCCGUCGGCGUCCUGACCUACGAGCUGUUUCACAUGCAGAAACGCCACUGCAACGAGGUGAUCGCCAUCAUGUUCUCAGUGCCAUUCGACUACAAUUUCUACAAGAACUGGCUCGGGGUGGGCAUAUUUGAGCACACGCGAGCCUGCGACGACAAGCUGUUCGACUUCAUGUACAAGGGAAAGGAUUUCACCAACUUCGUGCGACACGAGGCCGACGGCUCCGGGGUUGUGUACAAGGGGAAUAUGCUGGACGUGAGGGCCUGCAUGAACGAUGAGGGCAAGGCCAUUAUUAAAGUGGAGCUGUAUGACAAGAUGGGCAGAUAAGUCUGUUUGUGAUUGAUAUGGAAUAAAGUAUGAGAAGCAGAUAUUCCUUCGUGUCAUGUAUGGGUGCUUUAAAUGAAUAAAAAACAAUUUAAU